UUAGAACUCCCAUGGAGUAAACACAAAAUGGGCCAAAUUUGGUCUUUAUAAGUGUAUUGCACUUAUAAUAACUUUUCUUUCAUACUCCAAGUCAAAUGAAAUUAAGGAAGAUGGGAGGAGUAUGUGUCCUAUGAAGAGCUAUUUCCAGCCAAUACUACUCAUUCUAAAUAGAAACAUUUUAGAACUCUCUUUGAGUUCUUUCAACAGGGUCACGACCAAGUUCCAUACCUAGUAUUUCAAGUUAGAUUCUAACAAGACCAUCAAGAACUUCCACAAGAACUCAAGCUAGGGCUUUGUUUGAAAGAGGUUUGGCAGAUGGUCGAGUGCAGGGCGGUCAGCGUACGAGAUAGAGUUCCUGCAUCUUCCUUCUUUUGCUCAAAUAUACGUGUGGCUGGAGCUGGGGUAGUGUGCAGUCAGGUUGCAGUGUCAGCAAAUACUAACACACAUAACGGGAUUAAGACUCUGUGUUCAGCUGAAGAUUUGUCAACUAAGAAGUGUGUGCCAUGCAACGCAAAGGAUUUGAGGCCUAUGAGUGAAGAAGCUGCGAACCAGUUGAUGUGGCAGGUGACAGGUUGGGAUUUGCUGAAUGAUGGUGGCACACUAAAGCUGCAUAGAUCCUGGAAAGUCAAGACUUUCAGCAAAGGAUUAGAGUUCUUUCAAGAGGUAGCAAAUGUUGCAGAAGCUGAAGGUCAUCAUCCAGAUCUUCAUCUCGUUGGGUGGAAUAAUGUGAUAAUUGACAUAUGGACGCAUUCUGUGGGUGGACUCACAGAAAAUGAUUUCAUACUUGCUGCCAAAAUUAAUGGGCUUGACGUGCAGCACCUUCUCAGCAAGAAAACUGCCAAAUCAGCACAAAGCAGUGCUUAAUCUUCCAAAUUUACUGUUGUACUAUGAUAGUAGUUUCUCUCAUCAACGUUUGAGCUAAACCUUUGUUACCAAAGCAUUGAAAUUUUAGAGGACAUGCCUCUUUCCAAUACUAAUCACUAAAAUUUAGUAGUGAAUGAUCCACUUUAGCAGUGUGAA